AUGAUGGAUUUCUUCACAGAGGAUCUAUGGUCGAUUAUACUAGCGAGACUACCACUAAAAACCAUGGCCACUUCAAAAUUGGUCUGCAAGCAAUGGAAAUCGAUCCUCGAAUCUCCGUUUCUCCAAGAGAUUUUUCUGUCACAUCAUCAAAACUCACAUCCUUCAUGGUCUCUCAUGCGCAGAGAUGCACCAGAAAAAGUUGUGGCUCAUUACGGAUGUGAAGUUUGGGGACUUCCACGAUCGCUUGGCUCUUACUAUACUGUCUUGGCUUACACCGAUAUCGGAUUGAUUUUGCUCCACGUGAGGACUUUAUUUGUGGAUGAAACCUAUUACGUAGCUAAUCCGAUUACAAAACAACGCAUCAAAAUCCCUCCUCCAUCUGAAGAUCUUCUAGGGUUUGCAGAAACUACAGAAGAGCUAGGGUUUGUUGAUUCAUAUUUCUUUCUCAGGCAGGCGAGUCUCGUCGCUCAAACUGAAAACGGCGUCGUCUUGGGGUACAAAGUUGUUCUGACCGGAACAAGAUUCAGGGACACCGGAUGUUUCAUAGUUUUCCUUAUGUAUUCAUCAGAGACAGGCACGUGGAGUUACAAAACUCUCCAAUCUUCUCUCCCGUUGGUCAGUUCCUAUCAUUGUGAUUCCAUUAGCUUGAACGGAAAUCUUUACUGGCUCGGCAACAACCUAGUCAGUCAAGAUGUCCUUGUAUCCUACGACUUCUAUGGUUCUGAAAAUCAAUGCCGAGUUAUCCCUUUUCCUGAUUCAGAAGAAGAAAAACCCAAUUUCAAAAGAUCUUGCACAGCUUCUGAAGGAAAUCUCAUGUAUAUGAACAUAACCUCCCAAUACAAAGAUGAUGGAAGCUUGGAGAAUAAGUUACGUGUAUGGAGGCUAAAGAACGGCAGCGAAUGGCAACUAGUAUCUGAAACCUCCCCGGCUUUUAUCAAGACCGGUACUGAUUAUAUUCCGCUGGUGAUAAACCCCUUUGAUGCGAAUACAGUGUACCUGUGGAGCGAGAUGGAUAAAUCUUUGGUAUCUCUCAACUUGCGCAAUGGGAAUCUUGAGCUUCACAAUGAGCUGGAACGUAGCAGCAAUGGUCAGACUCUGAGUUCUUUUCGAUGCAUUAAAGAGAUGAACACAAUGGAAUGCCUCUCAAACUCAUAUUUUUCGUUUGUUCUCCCCCGGUGGCUGUAUCGAAUCCCUCGCCGGCAACACUGA